AUGAACAUUGUUUUAUUAGUCAUUAUUAUAUUCGUAUUGGCAAAUGUCUGGUUAGUUGAUGGCAUCGCCAUCGAUGAUUUCCAUUGUAAGAUCCCGACAUGCCGAGAUGUUUAUUUUGGAUUAAAAAACCAUCCACGUCAAAAAGACUAUGAAAAUGUGUGUUACGAAACAGUUUUCGCUGUGCAAGAUAUACCACGUACACAUGGCAAAUGUAUUCAACCUAAAACUGGUAUAUUGAAUCCUCCUUGUAUCUAUGCACUUGCUGCCUCGAUCAAAAAGUGUAUUGAACGUAUGAAUGAACUUUCGGAAGAUACAGCGAGAUUUUACUGCGGUUAUACAUUGAUGAAAUAUUGUGCUGUACAUCUCGGCCUUGAGGGUUAUGAACAGCGUUUUAAGCAUAAAAUAUAG